AAAAUGUCAUUAAUGAAUUGGGGUAAUCCAUACAACUGGGAUGCUGCAGAAUGGUAAUAGGCUACUUGGGGUGAGAGAUUCAUGUUCAUUGAUCCCUACUUCUGGAGGUAAUGAAUUGAUUCAUUCCUCAAUUUUAGUUAUUUCGGUGUAGGUUUGGCCUUGGCUACAUCAAUCAUUGGAGCAUCAUGGGGUAUAUUUGUCACUGGUGUUUCAUUGUUGGGCUCCACAGUCAAAGCACCACGUAUUAGAUCUAAGAAUUUGAUUUCUGUCAUCUUUUGUGAAGCUGUCGCUAUUUAUGGUGUAAUUAUGGCCAUCAUUAUGAUUGGAAAAAUUCAAACCAUUGAAUCAUACCCAAAUGGUUAAUAAGAUGAAUGCUACACAACUGCUCUUUUUAAUGGUUAUUCCUUGUUUUGGACAGGGAUUUCUGUUGGAUUGUCAAACCUAAUUUGUGGGUAAAACUUGAUAACGAUAUCUCCUAUAGUAUUGCAGUUGGUGUUACUGGAUCAGGAUGCGCUAUUGCUGAUGCUUAAACUCCAGAAACUUUUGUUAAAAUUUUAGUCGUUGAAAUCUUCGGAUCUGCUCUAGGAUUAUUUGGAGUCAUUGUAGGAAUCAUCCAGUGUUCAGGAGCAACUUUUCUUAAGAAUUGUACCUCUUGAUAUUGCAUAUUAAAAUAACAUAUAUAAUAU